CCGAACCCUCUUCCAUUCCAACCCGACCUUCUUCGACGGGUCCUCCCUUUCUCCUCUCCCCAUCUUUCUUUGGAAACCCCUCUUCGCCCCUCGUUCCGCUGCCGCCCGCCGGCGACGGUCCGCCUUCGAUCGCCUCCGGACUCUGAGGCGAGCUUCUCUUCUCUUCCGACUCCGUGGAUCUUGGCCUCCUUCUUGGUCUCUUCUCCAACAAUUGUCUCGUAGUUUGAGAUUUCGGCUAGCGAUCGGAAUCUAGGGUUUCUCGACUCGUCCGAUCUUUGCCGGCGCUAGAGUUCUGUCCUCGAUCCCAGCUGUUGUCCGGGAGGUUAGAUACAGUAGGAGUGGAGCAUUCAAGGGUAAGGGUGAUAUAUUCAAAUCAGUUCUUGAUCCCCCAAAAGAUGAAUUUCAUUGUUGGAGCAUUCAAGCCACCAUGUAACAUCACAAUCAGAUUUUCUGAUGGGAAUACCCGAAAACAGGAUUCGAUAAAGAAAGAAGAUGGUAAGACAGCUAUGGUUCCAGUUUUUCAAAGUCAAGAAACCAUAUCUGGGGAGGUGGUUAUAGAUCCUAUUCAAGGCAAGAAGGUCGAACAUAGUGGUGUCAAAAUUGAGCUCCUUGGGCAGAUAGAGCUGUACUUUGACAGAGGCAAUUUUUAUGACUUCACUUCCCUUGUGCGUGAAUUAGAUGUUCUUGGUGAAAUAUAUGAAAGGAGAACAUACCCAUUUGAAUUUUCUACCGUGGAAAUGCCUUAUGAGUCAUAUAGUGGGGUGAAUGUGAGAUUGAGGUACAUUUUAAAAGUAACAAUCAGUCGUAAUUAUGUCAGCAAUAUAGUGGAAUACCAGGAGUUCUGUGUUCACAAUUAUACUCCUCCUCCAGCAAUCAACAAUAGCAUCAAGAUGGAAGUUGGAAUUGAAGAUUGUUUGCACAUUGAAUUUGAAUACAACAAAAGCAAGUAUCAUCUGAAGGAUGUUAUCGUUGGAAAAAUAUAUUUUCUUCUAGUAAGAAUUAAAAUAAAAAAUAUGGAGCUCGAAAUUAGACGUCGUGAAUCCACUGGAUCAGGCCCUAAUACAUAUGUUGAGACUGAGACUCUUGCAAAAUUCGAGUUGAUGGAUGGUGCUCCUGUAAGAGGGGAAUCAAUUCCGAUCAGAUUAUUCCUGAGUCCAUAUGAGUUGACACCAACUCAUCGCAAUGUUAACAACAAAUUCAGUGUAAAGUAUUACCUGAAUUUAGUUCUUGUGGAUGAGGAGGACCGGCGGUACUUCAAGCAGCAAGAAAUCACACUAUACCGCCUUCAAGAAACUUCUCAAGAUUCAUCUGAAACAGGCCCAGGGAAGACUUGAUUGUUUGUAGGGCCUCUCCACGAGUUUGGAGAUCAGAGGAUCGGAGAAUUGGAUUCCUUAUGGGGCUCGUCUUUGCCAGAGUAUGAGCUAGGCCCUAAAGUCAGGAGGCUGGUGUGAAUUGUGUAGAUAUUUGCCAGUUGGUCUUUGCUUCCAUUAUCUUACAAAUUUUCAGGAUUUGUUUCUGCACAAGUGUCUUAUUUUUUGGCCUGCUUGUUUCCGGAGUUGAACUCACCAUAUCUUUGGUAACUAAAAGUUCUUAUAAAACAUUGAUUUCUUUUUGUCAA